ACAGACACACACCUGGGCCUAACAGAAGCAAAAGCAGACCGCUUUGCGAGUCGCCGGAACGGAAAUAGUAGUAGUACAGUGUGCGCUGGGCGAGGAGGCGUGCGGUCGUGCGGUCCGUGAAGCCAAGUGAUCAGGGGGGGAUUCUUGUUUGCUUUGGAGAGUGCGCUGGAGUGUGUGGAGAGUUUUAUCAAGAGGAUGUGGAAGACGUAUGCUGUAGUUUUGUGAUGUGAUUAUAGUGGUGUGGCUCUCCGUUUCCCCAAACACAGGAUUUUCUUAGACUUUGGGACUUUUCAAAAUAUCAGUGAGUGAAAGCAUGGACAUGAAGCAAAUGAUUGGUUGAAACAGACAGAUGGGAUGACAUCACCUCGAAGGUCCUUAGCGUUCUGGCCAAGAGUGGGAGAUCAGACUACUGCUUUAGAGGAGAGUGAAGACAUGCCUUCCCGUAAUAUGAGUGUCGAGGAAGAGGCAGCAGCACACUCAGCACAAGAAAGGAAUUCACGAGGAUACAAUGACCGCACACCAACAGAGGAAGGGAGUGAGCCAGAGAGUGAGGCUCACAUCUACAAUGUCGCUCCAUUAGCCAAGUUUACCACUAUGCCGGAAAAACUGUUUAAAGUCAUAAUCAUUGGCGAUCCUACUGUGGGGAAGACAUCAUUUGUUCAGCGUUACGUCCAAAAUGCUUUCAAGAGAGACUACAAAGGGACAGUUGGAGUUGACUUUGCCUUAAAGAUUCUAAAAUGGUCAGAAACACAAACUAUCAAGUUGCAGCUGUGGGAUAUUGCAGGACAAGAAAGGUUUACUUGGAUGACACGAGUCUACUAUAAAGAUGCCCACGGCUGUGUCAUAAUGUUUGAUUUGGCAAACAAAAAUUCUUUUGUUAAUACUCUUAAAUGGAAGCGAGAUGUUGAUUCAAAGUGCACUCUCCCUGAUGGAUCGCCUAUACCAUGCAUGCUUCUGGCUAACAAGUGUGACCUAGCCCACCGUCAAGUUGAUCAAAUGGAAAUUGAGACUUUCUAUAAAGAGCACAACUUCAUUGGUUGGACUGAAACAUCUGCCAAGGAGGGUCUUAUGGUCAAUGAUUCAAUGAGAUUCCUAGUUGAUGUCAUGAUGAGACAUGAAGGAAUGCAGGGGCUUGGUAUGGCCAAUGACAGCUUAAAGUUGACAGGCCCAGGACCUCAAGCUCCAUCAAAUUGCUCGUGUUGACCUUACAUACUUACAAACUUUGUGGUCAGGAUACCUCCAAUUUUCUGAACCAUGGGAGGACAUAUUAUUUUAUCCUUCUAUAUCAUAUCAUGUUAAAAUAGAAUGUGUUGCCAUAUCUAUCUUUAUUGUUGUUUCUAUAGUUCUAAGUAGAAUGUGUAUUCACAUUCAUUUAAUUCAAUUGUAAUAAUUUUGUUACUAAAUGUUCCAAUCUGAGGGACCAAAAGAUCCUCUUUCAAUAUUUUGAUACCAAUAUAAUUCCAUAAGAUCUGAAUUUUGUGAGAGGCGCAUGUGUGCGUUAAUUAGAGCUAUUUUUUAAUCUCUUUAUCUCACCAUUCCCAAUUGUACUCAUUCUUUACCCCUGUGAUAAAGUUAUUCUGUGAUGUGCCAUGUUUUGAGACUUCUAUGUUUUGCCAUAUUUUCAAUUAAAAUUUAUGUGAAAACCAAUUGUCUGUCAAUGUUAACAAAGCAAGAUUCCAAUAUUUUUGUUAAAGUUGGAUCUUUUAGAAAACAAAACUAAAGUAAAAUCACUUUUGCCUGUGGCUUAACUGUUUGUUGUGAAAGGAUUUAAUCAUGUUAUGAAUUUUGGGUGUAUGACACUUGCCUUAUACCUGUUCAUUUUUGUCGGGCUAUCUUCUUGUGACUGCACUGUGUGAGCCAUCAGCUAUGCUUUAAAAGGAAAUUGAGAUCAGUUACAUGACCCAUGUCUAGUCAAAUAGAAGCAAACUAUUGUUGUUUCCAUGUUGAAAUGAGACCUAGGUUAUUAAAUGUAUAGUCUCUGAAGGAUGACAACAACAAUAAUACACAAAGUAAGGAAUUUUCUGUAACUUUAAUACUUGUUUCAAUUUUUUUACAUCAUGUGAUAUAGUUCUCUCUUCCCAACACCCUUGAUGAGCACAUAAGAUGUCUGUCAGUCCAAAGUAGACUUGGAUCUCAUCAACAGGACUAAAAAUCAACAACACUUUAAUUGUAAGGUAAAUCUGCAACAAAUGGCCAGUGGCCGGACAAAUUUCAUAGGAAAAUAAAUUAGAAUCAGUUUCUCAUAGCGUUGAAAUUAUUGCUAGUUCAUAUUUAUAUAGUAUCCUAGCCUGAAUUGGUAAAAUAUUUGCAUGUACUGUACAAUAUAUAUUCAUAUGAAAUUUCAUAAAAAAUAAUCUUUGUUCCCAUCCAAAGGCAAACAAGAAAUAGCAAUCAAAGCAUCUGCUUUACUAAAAAAAUAAAAACUAUUUUAAAAUCUUA